CGAAGCUCAGACUACGACGAGACGACAAACGAACGUAGCACAACGAAGUUGUCAUCAUUUGGUUUUUUUCUGAAAACUGAGAAAUUUAAUUAUACCACAAUCCGCAGAAGGUUAUUUGUUUUUAGGCUGUGCGGCCAAAGAAAUACGAUUUAUAAAAUUUUCAAUCGGCAAAAAGAAUCUGCUGCUAUUCCAAAAAGUUAUUGGUCUAAAAGUUGAUCAAAGUUUUCCUAAUACAUAUAUUCAACACCUAUAGCUAUAGCUAUACUAAUGCUUUGGCUGCAAUAACAUUGUCCAGCUAUUAAUAAUUUCAAUCCAGUCAACCACAAAAUAAACGCUGAAGUACUGAUAAGAACAAAGAAAAACAAGCGACUUAGUUCGCUCAGUCUAUAAAGUUUUCUUUGUGCCUUAUUGAUGGCAUAAUCUUCAAUAUAUACGCGAAUAUAUAUUUAUAUAGAGGUAUUUUAGAAACGCAAUAAUGAAGUCCCAACAAUUUGCACUCUUGCUCAUUGUAAUUGGAUCGGUUUGUGUGACCAGCGCCCUGCAAAGUUCAUCAAAUGAUGUUAAUCAAUGUACUAGGGGUCCAGCGCAUUGGUGUCAGAACAUCAGCACUGCAAAACAAUGCAAUGCUAUGAGACAUUGCAUUCAGACGGUAUGGGAGAUGCAGGAUGUCCCCGAAGAUAAUGAUUCAAUUUGCCAGAUUUGCUUGGACAUGGUUAAGCAAGCCCGUGACCAGCUGCAAAGCAACGAAACUCAAAACGAUUUGAAGGCAGUAUUCGAGGGCUCAUGUCGGCUUAUGUUGAUCAAGCCAAUUGAAAGGGAAUGCAUCAAACUAGCCGAUGACUUCAUUCCAGAACUUAUUGAAGCAUUAGCUUCCCAAAUGAACCCUCAAGUUGUUUGUUCAGUUGCUGGACUUUGUAACAAUGCCAAUAUCGACAAGAUGUUGUUGGACUCAGCCAAUGCAGUGAAAACUUUAGCUCCUGCAAUUGCUACAACACCAGAACUUGCACCGACGACAACACAAAGACCAGAUAACUACAAACAACGCGCUUUGUCAUGUGAAGAAUGCGGAUAUGUAUCAUCGAUUAUUUCCACGAAAUUCAAAAUCACCAGCCGCGAUGAUAUUCUGGAAUCACUUUUGAAUUGGUGCGGACAUGCUGGAUCCUUUUCAGACGCUUGUGCGAAUAUAGUGCUAACUUAUUUCAAGACAUUUUACGAGUAUUUGGGUGAAAAUUUCGAUGCCAACGGAAUUUGCCAUCUUUCUGGCACGUGUGUUGCAAAAUACCAUCAGCACCCAGAAGAUGUCCACAUUCAGAAUUGGUCGAGUGUAGGUGUUUUAUCCUCAAAGGACGACAUUCCAUGCGAGCUAUGCCAACAGUUGGUGCAUCAUCUUCAAGAAGUUCUUACCGCAAACACGACCGAACUUGAAUUCAAGCAAGUAAUGGAAGGUCUUUGCAAGCAAACUAAAGGUUUCAAGGCAGAGUGCCUCAGCAUUGUCGACCAAUACUACGAUCAAAUUUACCACAUGCUUGUUACUAACUUGGAUGCAAACGGUGCAUGUUUCCUGAUUGGAGUCUGUCCCAAAGGAAGUGCAGGUGGGUUCUUAAGCCAGAAAAGCCUUAUGCCCCUAAUUCCAUACAUCGAACCAGCCAAAAUCAAUGUUAAAAUCUCCAAAAUUGAUAAAAGCAACUACCCAGUUUACACCAAAGAAGAGGUCAAUUCUAUGCAGCUUCCAAUUGAACUGACGGUACAAAAAAUUCCAACCAACCAAGUACAAGGAAAUGCCGAACUAUGUACCAUGUGUGAGUACUUUAUGCACUUCCUCCAAGAGACCUUAGCUACACCAGCAACCGAUGAGAAGAUCAAAGACGCCGUUGUCCAUUUAUGUGAUAGGUUCCCAACUUCGGUUCGUGGAAACUGUCACAACUUCGUGGAAAUGUAUGGAGAUGCCGUGAUUGCUUUAAUGAUUCAAGGAUUUGAUCCUCGUGAAAUUUGUCCACGAUUUGAUUUGUGUCCCAAAAAAUCAGAAACCAAUCCCGCCCUCAGUACUCCGACACAACAACCACAGGUCGAAACUAACAAAUCGACAUGUCCAUUGUGCCUUUUUGCAGUCCAACAAGCUCAAGAACUUAUAAGGGACAACAAGUCCAAGCAAAAUAUUAAAACAGUUUUGGACAACCUGUGCAGCCAUUUAUCCGGAAAGGUCAAGAAUGAAUGCGUGGACUUCGUUGAAACCUACUCAAACGAAUUAGUUGACAUGCUUAUAACUGACUUCACGCCACAACAGAUUUGCGUGUACAUCAAACUUUGUACGUCAGAUACUAAAUCAUUGGAUUGGGCGAACAUCAAUAUUGCCGACGAGGAACUGAUUGAUGAUCUUUUUAGCAAAGAGGAUUUAUCUAGUGAAAUUGAAGGCGAAAACACCUUCAGCCCGGAAUGCCUUUUAUGUGAAAAGGUUAUAUCUGAAGCUGAAAAGAAAAUGGGUCCUGCCAAGACUAAAGAUGAAAUCGAAAAAGAGCUCUAUAAAGCAUGCGGCAAGUUGAAGAAGUUAGCCGAUAAAUGCCAUAAGUACAUAGAUGAAUAUGGAGACAAAAUAGCCGCGCUUAUUUUAAUGGAAAUGACUCCUAAACAAAUUUGCAAGGAACUUGGCUAUUGCUCAUGGAAAGAUAUGGCCUCCGAAGAGGUUCAAAACCAAUCGAAUACUAAAACCACCACUGACGAUAGUAAAGUUGAUCCUUCACAAUGUGUAUUUUGUGAGUUUGCAAUAAAGAAACUGGAAGAUCGUUUAAAGGACAAGAAGACCGAAGAUGAAAUUAAACACGAAGUGGAAAAUAUAUGCAAGAUAAUGCCUAAAAGCUUGACUGCUAACUGUGAUCAGUUUAUCGAAAAGUACGGAGAUCUCGUUAUUGCCUUGCUGCAAACUGUUCCGCCAAAAGAAAUUUGUCAACAAUUAGAGUUAUGCCCAAAAACAUUGUCUAAUCAAAAGAGUUCACCUUCAGUAGUUGCUGAUCCACCGUGUAUACUCUGUGAAUUAAUAAUAGAUCAACUGGAAAAAAUGCUGAAAGACAAUGAAACCACAAAUGAUAUAAAGCAUGCAUUAGAAACAGUUUGUGUUAUAUUGCCCGACAGUAUCGAGACUGAUUGCAAUGAAUUUAUUGAAAAGUACGGAGACCUUAUUGUAUCCUUGAUGCGAUCUUUGCCGCCAAAAGCAGUUUGCGAGAACAUGCUGCUAUGCUCACAAAACUCUUUGAGUAAACUUGCAGCCAAAUCCGCUGGUCCUGAACCGUGUGUUUUUUGUGAAGUCAUAACUAAAGAAUUACAAAAUCAGCUCAAGGACAAAAACACCACCGAGGAAAUUGAGCAUGUAAUAGAAAACAUUUGCAAGGUAAUGCCCAAAAGCCUAACUACUAAGUGUGACAAGUUUAUUGAGGAAUACGGAAAUGUCAUAAUUGCCUUGGCUCAGAGUGUACCACCAAAAGAAAUCUGUCAAAAUCUAGGUUUGUGCCCAGCUGGUGCUGGUUUUGGUGUUGGUGUCAAAAGACAACUAAAUGAGCAGGUGAUUGAAUGUGGAGUUUGUCAUGGAGCAUCAAUUCGCCUCGGGACUUACAUCAAUGAAAAACAGGGUAAGCUUUACAAAUCCCAAAAUAUGAUUGAAACCGUGUGCAAUGAUUUGCCCGCAAAAUACUACAAAAAGUGUUCGGAGCUUUUGAAAUACUAUGGCGAAAGUAUGAAAAACUUAAUGAAACGUAAAACUCAGCCUAGCAAAGUAUGUGCUAAGAUUGGUAAAUGUUUUGAGGACGAAAAUUCGGGACUCUCAUAUGUUAAACUUCUUUAAAUUGCAUAGUCGGUGCGGGAGGUGAUGAACACAAUCCCUUCCGAUCACCUUUCCGUGAUGUGAGCGAGCUGUUGAAUGAAUAACUAGAAAACAACAAAAGCGAAUGAAACGUUAUCUUUAUAAAUACAUUUAUAAGUUUUUCUCAGUUGCGAGUGUUAUUACUUAAACCUUCAUUUUAUUUUUCUCUUCUUUUUCACCUUUAUAAAGGAUUUUUAAUAAAUAAUCUUCUGAAAAUAUUUUAAAUAAUUUGUGUAAAAAAAAAUAUCAAUUUGUAAAUAAAUAGUACACAAGUUGAGUUGUA